UUAAACUCAAAGCUUUCCUUCAUUUUCUUCUCUCUUGAAAAUUUCCAUUUCCAUCGAAAUAAUAAUAGCAACAAUAAUUUCAAAUUUUUUUCUUCUAGAUUCAGAUCUGAAACUCUCGUUUACAAGCAAAAAAGGGAGAAGAAAUUGAAAAAUGGCAACAGUGUCCCCUCUGGCGAAAUACAAGCUGGUAUUCUUGGGCGAUCAAUCCGUUGGCAAAACCAGCAUCAUCACCCGCUUCAUGUACGAUAAAUUCGACAGCACUUACCAGGCCACUAUUGGAAUCGAUUUUUUGUCAAAAACAAUGUAUCUUGAAGAUCGAACGGUCCGGUUGCAGCUUUGGGAUACCGCUGGCCAGGAGAGAUUUAGGAGUCUUAUUCCAAGUUAUAUCAGAGAUUCUUCCGUUGCAGUAAUUGUCUAUGAUGUAGCUAAUAGGCAAUCAUUUUUGAACACUUCUAAGUGGAUUGAGGAGGUACGCACAGAACGGGGCAGUGAUGUCAUUAUUGUCCUUGUUGGGAACAAGACUGAUCUGGUUGAUAAAAGGCAGGUUUCUAUAGAGGAAGGAGAUAACAAGGCUCGUGAAUUUGGAGUCAUGUUUAUAGAAACCAGUGCAAAAGCAGGAUUCAAUAUCAAGCCUCUAUUCCGCAAGAUUGCCGCUGCCUUACCAGGAAUGGAAACUCUUUCUUCAACAAAACAGGAAGACAUGGUUGAUGUGAACUUGAAGCCCACCGUCAAUUCAUCCCAGAAGACGGAGCAACAAGGAGGGGGUUGUGCGUGCUAAGAGAAAUGUAUUUACUAAAGCUUAAGAGAGAAAUGGAAGCGUUCAAACAUUUUUCUAUAACCAUCAAAUACACAAGUGAAUUUGGCAAACAAGGUAAAUGAUUGUUCCAGAGGAAAUGUUCCUCAGUUUAUGAUCCAAUUUUGGAUACUUUAGGAAGCUGGUCUAUGCUUCUGGUCCUUAUGGUAGAUUGUUUUACAUCUCCUGCUGUUAUUCUUUCUUCCAUGCAUUAUAGUAACUAGAGUUCAACUGUUACCAGCGUUUUAUUUGUCUCAGAAAAUUCCUUCUAGGAUAGCCAUUCAUUGUGUGAUUGGGAUUGGGAUCUUUAAUCUCUCAUGCUGAUUCUUUUAUGAGAAUU